AUAGUGGGUGCUCUCACAUUCAAAUCGCUCGCUCGAUAUAUAUCUAGUCAAGUCAACCAACUCUGAGAACAGAAACAAUAAUGUCUCCUCCCUCUACCGCGCAUCGAUUUCUCCUCGUCUUCUUAUUCUGGUCGAUCAAAUUAAACGACGCGGCAGCCGAUGAUGAUGCUGCUGCUGCUAGGGAUAUCUCACCCAAGUACUGCGGCCCUUCCACAGCCAGCAGCAGCUGCAAGAGGAAUUUGAAUAUUUUAUAUCCCUUCUGGAGGGCAGACGAUGAAGGCAAAAUCUGUGGCUACCCUGGAUUCAGCAUAAACUGUUCCAACACCGAUCCUGACUAUCCCCAAAUCGCUAUUUCCGGCGGCGCCUUCCUGGUGAAGAGAAUCGAUUAUGGAGAUCAUUCAAUCGCGCUUGCGGAUGCCGACGCCAUCGCCUCUGGCGACUGUCCCACCCCUCGUCAGAACCUCACUUCCAGCAGAACGCAGCCGUUCAUUUACAACCACACAUUAGAUGUAGCGAUCGUUUUCUACGCUAACUGCAGCCAUCCGCUUGACGGCGGUACCCGCUAUCCUUGUUCAAUUGACGACAAAACGUCAUACUGGUCUGUCGGGCCGACUCAUUUGGGUUGGGACGGAAAUUGCGAGGGAGCGCUGCAGACGGCGGUGAUGGGAAGAUCCGAUGAAAUUGGGGCGAUGUUGAAUGAAGGGUUCGUACUGAAUUGGGAUGCCAAGGGGGAGAACUGCACCGCGUGCGAGAAGUCCAAGGGGCGGUGCGGCCUUGAAACUACUUCCGGCGACUUCUUCUGCUUUUGCAACGGGACUGUGACCCCACAUGACUGCCUUUCUUCUCAAAGUACGUACCACACGCUACCUCAUUUACUUGUGCAUAAAUAAAUAGGUGAAUUCUAUGAUACAACCAAACCUUUGUCUCGACGUGCACCGAUCAGAAUCAUGCAAUUGAAUUAUUUAAACCUAAAUUAAAAAUGAUGUAAUGAUUUGGAUCAAUUAAGUGAAUGAUAGGUACCGUAACUCAUUUUUUAAAUGGGUACCAGAGUUGUCAUCAAAUAAAUAAAAGAAGAAAUUUAAUCCUAAAUAUAAUAUACUUCCUUCAUUUCACCGUUAAAGCCAUACUUUCAUGUUUAGGAAAAAAGGAUGACACUUCAUCCCGAUCGCUCCCAACCCUGACCGGAUCGUUGGGAGGAUAUAAAUUGGAGUAUAAUCUCAAUUUGACAGAUAGAGAGUGAUGUUGUGUUCCCGGUACUUGCAGAGACCUUAUUCAUUUUAGCAUAGUAACCUCUCAUCGCAGUUGCCGGGAUUCGAACCCGGGAUCUAACCCUUGUGGCACUCCCUUGGUACCAGUUGAGCUACGUCCACCGGUUACUUUCAUUUUUAGGAUGUUUCGAAAUAAAGUCACACUUCUUUAUUUGAUAAGCAAACCAGUAUCAAGAGUAUCAAACAGUAUCGAAACAGUGCACUCUACAGUAAAUUUACCCCUCCAUCCUUUAACAAUAGGAUGACAGAGUAUUAACAAUAUGUCAACAUCCAUUCAUUUCUUUGCUUAUGUUCUUACUCCCUUCAUCCUUUAUAACUUUGAUAACUUUCUUUUUUUGGAUGUCUCACUAACUUUGUCACUUUUCAUGUUAAGUAAAAAAUUUGUAGUACCAAUUCAACUUCUCUUCUUUGUACAAGCCUCAACCACAUAGUUUUUACUUUAUUAUUCUCCAUGUCGUCCAUAUUCGGAAAAAUUAUUAGGGACAGAGGGAGUAUCAUUUUUCCCGAGGGAGGGUAAAUGGGAAGGCCGGCUGGCGUUCCAAAAUAGGAACAGUCAAAAUUGGUAGUUAGAAACAGUGAGGGAUGGACGGACUUUUCUUUUCUACCGACUAAUCAAAUCACUUCCAUGGACUCACGAGUCACGACUACUUCAACUCAAUCUUUAUUCACUACAAAGAGGGCCGCCCGGUUUACAUACUACCGCCAAUUCCUCAUUUUUUGUGGAAAAUUCUUGUUGCACACAAAUUACAUGUAUACACGAAACGGAUACUAUCUCCGUCUUAGUGGAUUUUUACAAAUGCAAAGUAGGUGAGAAAUAAGAAUAGUAAAAAUUGCUGAUUUUUAGAUGAUGUACACAAACAAUUAGGGGAUGUAUAUAAUUUGUGUACUAAUGUUGUGUAUAGAUUGUACACAUCCCUAACUGUUUGUAAACACAUACAGUGAUACGGUUCAUUAAAAAAUUGGUAAUUGUCCGUGAAUGAUCUACUCCCUCCGUCCCUUAAAAAUUGGUCAUUGUCCGUAAAAACAUUUUUUUUUCUCCCAACGUACUGUCCGGUCGGGGUUGGGGGGCCCUCAGGGAUGGGGUGUCAUCCUUUUUUUUGUCAUCUUUUCUUUUUAGACGUCCCGAAAAACUUUGUCAAUUUCCCUUUAAAUCAACUAUUUUGUGAUUUCUGUUAUUUCUCUCUCCUCUGCACAAACCUCAACCACACAGUUUUUACUUUAUUAUUUUUCGUGUCAGUCAACUUUGAUAAAGUUUUAAGGGACGGAGGUAGUAUGUAAUUAAGCAGUGUAUAAUUUCUAUACAAAUUUGGUGCACAAAAGAGAAUCUCCCCAUUCUUUGUUUUAUCUAAUCCAAUCCAAUCCCCAUAAAAGCACUACCGCCACUUUCCUUGCCUUUUAUUACGGACACUUUUCGUAGAGAACUCCCCUCUUCCCAAAUUUAUAGGGAGUAUGAAAGUUGUACUUUUUAAUCAUGCAAGUUGGUUUUAUUUAUUUAGGAUGCAAUUUUUAAUAUACGGAGUACAACUUUGAAUUUGUAGGUUUUAUAGAUCUUUUAAUAUGUAAAUUUUAAUUAUUAAAAUUGAUUUAUUUAAAGACGAUUUAACUUUAUUUUCAAUUAAUCUUACAAAGCCGAAAUAAAUUUGGGAAGAAAUAACUAUAUUGUUUUUUUUUUUGGAUAAAAUGUAAAUAUAUAUAUCUAGAAAAAUAACAAUACAUGUAUCAAAAAGAUCUAUCUAAGCUAGCAGGCUAAACUAAAAUAGAAUCUACCGUCUCCGCCCCCCGCCCCCCCCCCCCCCCCCCCCUGCGGCAGGGGGAGGAGAGAGAAGUUUUUCCGAAGUCCAAAAGACAUCACAAAAAUACAAUCCAAGAAUGGUACGGGACAGUCCCCGACUCAUUCAUCAAAAAUAAAUCAAAACCCAAAUCCAAGCCAAUGAAGGCCCAUCAUUGGGAAAAUCCAGCAAAAAGAUCAUCAUCAUCCAAUCUUCCUAGCUUCUGGGCCAGCAAAGGCCCGUCCACUACUCAGCAUCAAAGUAACAGGGCAUCCCUUCCAUCGAGCGCCGCAUCUGCUCCCUAAUUCCAAAUUCGAAUUUCAAAAAAAAAAUGGGACUGGUCAGUCAAACGACAGUCUGGUAGUGCAGCUAUCAGUCAGAGUCAACCCACCCCACCCCACCUCCCAGCCACCCCAAUAGGCGCCGGUACCACCCGUCGGUCAGGCGACCGGAGAAUGAAGCACGUAACCCAAACCGGAAAAGUCACCCCUGUAGUCCGAGCCUCCAUACUAUAUUGUUGAUGUUAUUGUUUGACGGAGUAUAUGAGCCCAAGUGCCCAACCAUGUGGCCUACAUACUCACACUUGUCUAUAAUUGGCCCAACCCUAUUCGGGUCCCUUAGCCAGAACAAGGGCAUCUUUACAUGAACGGUUCAACUAAUAGUGAUACAACUUCCUGAAUAGACGGACGAAAUUAUCCUCAUUUGAUGUUCCUCAAUUGAGCUAGCACCCUAGACUAGGUUGGAGGUGCUACUCAUAGUUUGUUAGAAACCAGAAUAUCAGCAAACAGUUUCCGUAUUAUUAACAAUGGAGAUUGAGGAAUUCUCAAUACUCCAGAAUGAUUACAGGGAAGAUAAAGAGAAAAACAACCAAAUCUAGAGAAGGAACAAGGAGUUUCUCUCUAGCCAAAGCCCAGCCAUUUCUAACUGAAUACCAGCCUGCCCUCCCCUAUUCCCCUCCCUUCCUUAUAUUCAGAAAUCAAACCAGCACAUUAAUUACUCCUGCCCCCUCAUUCCCCUCCUCACAUAAACUCCCGUCCCUUCAUUCCCCUCCUCACAUAAACUCCCGUCCCUUCAUUCCCCUCCUCACAUACACUUUAUUAAAAUACUCUACACCCCUUGUGCUAUCAUUACCCUCCCCUUGAACUACCACCUUGUCCCCAAGGUGGAAUAUUGGGAACUGCUUCUGAAACUUGUUUAAAUCUUCCCAAGAAUCCUCAAAAGCUGGCAGCUGCUUCCAAUGAAUUAGCACUUCCUUCUCCCCAUUAGGAUUUACUCUGUAAUCCACCACCUCUUCAGGCUGCACUUGUAACUCCCACUCUUCUGAGAUGCAGGUAGGUAGGGGCUGGCAGGGAAGGUUAGGAGAUACUGCCUUCUUCAGCAAAGAGAUAUGGAACACUGGAUGCACUGUGCAACCCUCGGGUAGUUUCAGUUUGAAUGCCACAGGAUUUAUUUUUUCUAUCACUUCAAAAGGCCCAUAGAAUCUUGGGCUUAACUUCUGGUUCAUCCUUUUAGCUAGACUUUUCAUUUUAUAAGGCUGAAUUUUUAAGAAUACCUUGUCUCCCACCUCCACUUGUAAGGGCCGUCUAUGUUUGUCAGCCUGCUGCUUCAUCCUGUUUUGGGCCAUAGCUAAACUGCUCUUCAAUUCUUCUAGCAUUAAAUUCCUCUCAGCCGUCAACUUGUUGACUUCUUCUACUGAUGUCACAGUUACAUCUCCCCUCACAAUAGCGGGAGGAUCUUGUCCAUAUAAGGCCUUGUAGGGGGUAUUCUUGAUAGAUAUGUGAUAAUUAGUAUUGUACCAAUAUUCGGCCCAUGGGAGCCAUUUAGGCCACUGUUUAGGCUUCAAUCCAGUGAUACAUCUCAAGUAGGUUUCUAAGCACCUGUUCACCACCUCCGUUUGUCCGUCAGUUUGAGGAUGGUAAGCUGUGGAGUACUUCAGUUUGGUGCCUGCCAUCCUGAACAAUUCUGACCAAAAAGAACUCAAGAAGACCCUAUCCCUGUCAGAUACUAUGGAUUUAGGGAAUCCAUGUAAUCGUACCACCUCCUGAACGAAGACUUCUGCCACCUCCUUGGCUGUGUAAGGAUGUACAAGGGCUAUGAAGUGGGCAUAUUUGGUUAGCCUGUCCACUAUCACCAAAAUUGUAUCCUUCCCUUGAGCCUUGAGCAACCCUCCAAUAAAAUCCAUGCUGAUAUCUGCCCAUAUUCUGUCAGGGAUGGGCAAAGGUUCCAAUAAUCCUGCUGGACUGAGGGUCUGAUACUUGUUUCUUUGGCAUACUUCACAUCCUUGCACAUAUUCUUGUAUGUCCCUUCUCAUGCCCACCCAAUAGAAUAAACCAGAUACUCUCUUCAUAGUUCUGAAGGCCCCGACAUGCCCUCCAAUUGCAGAAUCAUGGAAUUCUUUCAAAAUUAGAGGUAUUCUAGGAGAUUGCUUAGGUAGUACCAAUCUUCCUUGAUAAUACAAUAAGCCAUUUCUGAACUUGAAAUCUGGUAUACUAGCUGGAUUUCCUAUCACUCUUUGUAUGAUAUUCUGAUAUCUCUGAUCUGCCUUCAAUUCCUCAUCUAGCCCUUCCCACUCUUGACAGGUAACAACGGACAAACUGUGUAUACUACCCUUCCUGGAGAGGGCAUCUGCUGCCUUAUUCUCACUGCCGGGAUGGUCAGUGAAUUUGAAGAUUGGCUUAGGCGUUGGUGGAGCUGCGCUUGGUGUCAUAUUAAUUGGGGCCUCUUGGUUUGCGUGCCACAGACGACGGCACAAGAAGAAGCCCUAUGCUUCAUCCUACUUCAUGUCACGAACCACUCCUUCUGAUCCCUCUACUUCAACUAUGGAUCUUGAGAAGUCAGGGAACUACCAUGGAGUCCACCUCUUUGAGUAUAGUGAGCUUGAAGAAGCAACUGAUCAUUUCAACCCAAAGCAUGAACUUGGAGAUGGCGGCUUUGGGAGUGUCUACAAAGGUAAACUGAGAGAUGGGCGGGUUAUUGCGGUGAAACGUUUGUAUGAGAACAACUACAAGAGGGUAGAGCAGUUCAUGAACGAGAUCGAAAUCUUGCAGCGACUAUCCCACAGGAACCUGGUGAUGCUCUAUGGGUGCACAUCGCGCCAUUGUCGUGAGCUUCUUUUAGUCUACGAGUACAUCCCAAACGGGACGAUAGCAGACCACCUUCACGGUGAGGCUGCGAAUCCGGAAUCCCUCUCAUGGACUACACGGUUGAGCAUCGCUAUUGAAACCGCAAGCGCGUUGGUGUACCUCCAUGCCUCAGAAGUCAUUCACCGCGACGUCAAGACCAGCAACAUCCUCCUGGAUGACGGUUUCCGUGUCAAAGUUGCGGAUUUCGGCCUGUCCCGCCUCUUCCCGACGCACGCCACACACAUAUCUACGGCCCCACAGGGUACCCCUGGGUAUCUUGACCCAGAGUACCACGAGUGUUACCAGCUAACAAGCAAGAGCGACGUUUACAGCUUUGGGGUGGUAUUGAUCGAGCUUAUCUCAUCAUUGCCGGCCGUUGAUAUCACUAGGCAUAGACACGAGAUUAAUCUGUCCAACAUGGCAAUCAACAAGAUCCAGUGCAACGCCUUGCCAGAGUUGGUGGAUAAGAGUCUGGGGUUUGAUUCGAAUGAGAGAGUAAGGGAGAUGAUAUGUGCAGUGGCGGAAGUGGCCUUCCAAUGCCUGCAGAGUGCCAAGGAAAUGAGGCCUUCCAUGGAGGAGGUGUUGGAAAGUUUGCUUGAGAUACAGGGUUUGGAGAAGAAGGUUUCUGUGGCAAGUCCAACGGUCGCUCCACUGUUGUUGGUGAAGAAUGGUACUUGUAAGUUGCCGACCCUUUCUCCCAAUUCUGUCAUCCUAAAUGCUCAAUGGCCAAGCAGAUCUACAUCUCUAAGCUGCAACAGCUAUUAAUUAAUUUUACAGUUGAUCUUUUUUUCUUCUCUUUCUAGAUUUUGAAUGAAUACUCGCACAGAGUUAACCAUAAUAUUAAAUUUAUUUGUGAACUGUGCCCUACAGGCUACCAUAUAUGUAUGUAUAUAUAUUUGCCUUGGUAGUAGUUAUAGUGAAUGGGAAUACAAAUAUACUGUAUUACACUGUUUUGAGGAACUGUUUUUUUGGUCAACCUCUUGUUAAAGAACUGGUGUGCUACACAGAACUCCUCCAUGUCAACUUUAUGCAACUCAUUGCAACA